AUGGAUAACGACGACUGCACCACUAAAAUCAUCGAGUUAUUGAGUGAUAAAGAAGCGUACUUAAAAAUCACAGAUAGACGAAGAAAACCAGUUUCCAAAGUAGAAAAAGAUCUGAUCAAGCUACUCUCCAACAUAAAGGAGACACCCUCAGAACACGAUCCUGAUAAAUCUCAAAUACAUAAACACCUUUACCUCCAUCUCCACUCCACUCCACUCCACUCCACUCCACUGAUGGCACACCAGCAAUAUUCUACGGGCUACCUAAAAUCCACAAACCUGCGGUACCACUUCGCCUCAUUACAAGUUGCAUUAAUUUCCCAUCAUACAACCUCUCGAAACACUUGGUCAAAAUAUUAUCCCCACUCGUCAGGGGGAAUAUACAGUUAG